AUGUCUUCAUUUGCUAUGCGUAGAUUCACAUCUGGUCCUUCGUUCUCGAGGGCACUGAAGAAUCAAACUAGAUCUUUCUCAUCGACGAGACCUGCAGCUCGAAUCAUUACACAUGCGCCACUAAGAGCAAAGGAAGCUUCGCCUUUCGUGAGCAAUAAAUACCCGGUCGUUGAUCACGAAUAUGAUGCUAUUGUCAUCGGUGCUGGAGGAGCAGGUUUAAGAGCAGCAUUCGGUCUUGCCGAGGCUGGUUUCAACACUGCAUGCAUAUCAAAGCUUUUCCCAACCCGAUCGCAUACGGUAGCCGCGCAAGGAGGUAUCAAUGCUGCUCUGGGUAACAUGCACGAGGACGAUUGGAGAUGGCACAUGUACGAUACCGUCAAGGGCUCGGAUUGGUUGGGAGAUCAAGAUGCUAUUCAUUACAUGACAAGAGAAGCGCCAGCAUCUGUCAUUGAGUUGGAGAACUACGGUUGCCCAUUCUCAAGAACCGAUGACGGCAAGAUUUAUCAACGUGCUUUCGGUGGUCAAUCACAAAAAUUCGGAAAGGGUGGACAAGCAUACAGAUGUUGCGCAGCUGCUGACAGAACUGGACAUGCACUUCUCCACACUCUCUAUGGUCAAUCCUUAAGGCAUAACACCAACUACUUCAUCGAAUACUUCGCGCUCGACUUGAUCAUGGAGGAUGGAGAAUGUAAGGGUGUUAUUGCAUACAACCAAGAAGAUGGUACCCUCCACAGAUUCCGCGCACACAACACUGUCUUGGCCACCGGUGGUUACGGACGUGCCUACUUCAGUUGUACAUCCGCACACACUUGUACUGGUGAUGGAAUGGCUAUGGUUGCUCGUGCCGGGUUACCUAACCAGGAUCUUGAAUUCGUUCAAUUCCAUCCUACUGGUAUUUAUGGCGCUGGUUGCUUGAUUACUGAGGGUGCUCGUGGUGAGGGUGGAUAUCUCCUCAACUCUCAGGGUGAAAGAUUUAUGGAACGUUACGCACCAACCGCCAAGGAUUUGGCUUCCCGUGACGUUGUUUCUAGAUCAAUGACCAUGGAAAUCAGGGAGGGACGUGGUGUUGGUCCAGAAAAGGAUCACAUCUAUCUUCAACUCAGUCAUCUUCCACCUGAUGUUCUCCAUGAACGUCUCCCAGGUAUCUCUGAAACCGCAUCCAUUUUCUCCGGUGUCGAUGUUACAAAGCAACCUAUCCCAGUUCUUCCAACAGUCCAUUACAACAUGGGUGGUAUCCCAACCAAGUACACUGGUGAGGUUCUCACUGUUGAUGCUGAGGGUAAGGAUAAGGUCGUACCAGGUCUUUUCGCAUGUGGUGAAGCUGCUUGUGUUUCCGUACACGGUGCCAACCGUCUCGGAGCCAACUCACUUCUCGAUUUGAUCGUUUUCGGUCGUGCUGUAUCCCACACCAUUCGCGAUAACUUCGAACCAGGAAUGCCACACAAGGAGAUCAGCGCUGACGCUGGUGCUGAAUCUAUCAGUGUUCUUGACCAAAUUAGAACUGCUGAUGGUACCAAGAGCACACACGAAGUCCGUCUCGCCAUGCAAAAGACUAUGCAGACAGACGUCAGUGUGUUCAGAACUCAAGAGAGUUUGGAUGAAGGUGUCACAAAGAUUAACGCUGUUGAUCAAACAUUCAAGGAUAUUAAGACUCAAGACAGAAGCAUGAUCUGGAACUCGGAUUUGGUUGAGACUUUAGAAUUGAGAAACUUGUUGACUUGCGCUGUUCAAACCGCCGAGGCAGCUGCCGCUAGAAAGGAAUCUCGUGGAGCACAUGCUCGUGAAGAUUACCCAGAGAGAGAUGAUAAGGAAUGGAUGAAGCAUUCUUUGACCUUCCAAAAGAAGCCACAAGGAAAGACCGAUUUGACCUACAGAGCUGUUGUAGGCCACACCUUGGAUGAGAAUGAGUGCAAGGCUGUCCCACCAUUCAAGCGUGUAUACUAG